AUGGAGUUCUGUGCGGAGCAUGUCAGACAAGCCGCAGAUGGAAGCCAUUUGAUCGACCCCCUGCUCGACGUCGUUCAUAUCGGCGAGAAAUGGUUUGACAUCAAGAAGGUCGGACAGAAUGUGUCUAGCCUGACCGGCAAGGACGAUGUCCUGACUGCAGAAUCGCCGGUAUAUUACGCACAGAGCAAGCGUCAUUUGAUUAAAGUGAUGUUCUUGAGCGCUGUCGCCUGUCCAGUAGGAGAUUAG